AUGCCUCUACGAGCCUCACAUGCACAAACACACGCCUCUACAUUUGCUUCUUAUUGGAAGAAUUUAAAUGAAUCUCAUCGAACACUAACAAAAUCAUUUGGUUUAAGAUUUAUUAUUAGUGUUAGUGGUACAGGUGGCAAGUUUGAUAUAAUUACCUUAACAUUGAAUAUUGGUAGUAUCAUUGGCAUAUUUGGACUGGCAUCGGUUCUUUCUGAUAUUGUUGUAUUACAUUUAUGUCGCAAUGCUCACGUUUAUAAACAGCAUAUUGUUGAACGAGUCGAUAGAAAUACCAUACGGAAGGAUAUUCAGUAUAGUCUACAAGCGAAGACCGAACAAAAUAUUAGAAUUGAUUUAUAUUCGAAAGAACAUACGGCUUCGUUGACUAACGAAAGUAGAAUUGGCCGUACCCGUUCACCAAGUAUUAUUCGUCCACUAGUAGUUAUUAAUACUGUAAAAACUCAUUCGUCGAAAGAUGAUCAACUACCAGUGAGAACACAAGUUUGA